UGACUGUUCCUUUAGUGUUGGUUUUCAAAAUGAAGACUGCAUUGUUCUUCUUAGGGGCUCCCCUGUUUGCUUUGCUGAUUGUGGAUGUAGGCUGCCUUCCUGUUAAAAAAGGCUUUGAUCCCAGUGGUUCCUAUGGCGGCCAUUAUACAAAUGCUGCUGGUAGUUUUGGAUCAAAUGAGGGAGCACCUUCUAGCCACCACAAUGUUGCCUCUGGAGGUGUCUCUGUGCCAUCUUAUCAGCCUUCACCACAACCAGGCCCUGGAUCCUCUGGCUCUGCUGUUCUGAGAAGGCCAGCAGCACCUGCUAGCUCUGGUUUUUCUUCUAGACCUGUUACACACAGUGGCAUUGCAGUGACACACCCUGUUGGCUUAACACAACCAGGAGCUGCUUUGCAACCUGUUUCACGAGAUGUUGACUGGGCUGUUCCACCUCCAGGUAUCUUCUCUGGAGGUGAGGGAGCACCAGCUGGCCCUCCUGCUGUUGGCUUCAGUAGUGCUGAGUAUGUGAGUCCACCUCGCCCACCACCUGGACCCAUGUACCAGGCAGGGGAGUUGUCUCAUUUUGAGGAAAGCUAUGAGGAUGGUGACUACCAAAGGGAAACAGAGGAACAAGGUUACCUGCCUCCGCCACAACCACUGUCCCCUGUUCCAGUGCACGAGUCUCCUAGCGUAAGCUUCACCAGCCCUCCUCGGCCAGGGCCUGGCCUUGGUAGAGGCUGGUAUGUUUAUCCAUACUAUGACUACAUGUUCCUGACAGGCCAGUAUCCUCCAGGCACGGUCACUGACUUAAGAAGCAACUUUGAGCAGGGAAGUGACUUCUGGUAUGAUGAUCACUACAUUAGAUACUACCCUCCCUAUAGUCCUGGCCCUGUACAGCAGCCUGAGGCCUUCACUGGUAAACUUGCUGUCCCUCAGAGCUUUGAGGCUCGAGAGCCUUCUGUGACAGUUGGUUAUGGACCAGGUGGUGCAGCAGCUGGUCUACCUGGUUCUUCCCGCAGACGCUUCAUGCAGCCAACUUCUAGCCGAGCAAGGGUCUCUGUGCCAGGCAAGGUAGGUUGGCAUAAUGUGGUCCAAAUGGUAUAAUGUUCUUUUUAACUUGUACUAAAACUGUUCUCUUGUCUUUAAGGUUGGCUACUAAGUGGUGGAUCACUCCGGUAUUUGCAAGUGUUUCUGAAUCAAAAAAAAUAAAAAUAAAACCUUCCAAAAUA